CCGUACUCCUAGAAGGCCGCCAGAGAAAUCAAACGCCCCUUCUUGAACCCCGCGAAAAGGGAGAACGCCGUGCUUGUCUCCCUCUCCUAACCUCUCUAUCGCUCCCAUAACCUCUCCCAAGAAAAAUAGCCCAAUAUGCCGGCGGCGGGGUUAAAGACGAUCAUCGCGCUGUCGUUUGUGCUGGCGGUGGGGUUCCUGCUGGUGAUUCUGUCGUGCGCGCUGUGGAAGGUGUACUACCCGCUGCUGGUGGUGGCGACGUACGUGCUGGCGCCGGUGCCCAACUGGAUCUGCAGCCACUGCGCGAACCCCGACGACUUCGUCGAGAGCUCGGGCGCCGCUGUGCUGGACCUGGGCCGCUUCUGCACGGGGUUCCUGGUGGUUAUGGGGAUUGCGCUCCCCGUCCUCCUCGCCAACUCGCAGCUCAUCAACAUCCCCGCCAUGUUCAUGUGUCUAUUUCCCGAAAACGCCCCCCCUUCUCUUGUCUUCUGUCUCCUACUGUUUUCUCUCUCUCUUUUUUGUGUAUUGUACAAGUUAAGCGCUUCAACAUCAUGGAUGGAGCAUCGUGGGGGAGAUCAGUCUGUCGGUUGGUUGGACGGGCCAGUCAAAUAGCUGUAGCUUCCCGAGCCAACAAUAGUAGCAAGCCUCCGAAAAGGGACGAUUUUGGAAAGCGAGUUUCACUACAGAAUGAUAUUCCAGCAACCAAAUAUAUAGCCCUCUAAUUAUAUAUCCAGGCGUUGAUACGAUUAAUUGCCCCCCUUUUGCGUCAGGUACGAAAAUAA